AUGAAUCAGAUUCACUUGUUACCAGCGGGCGAUCCCGAUAGCCCCGUUCCACCUUUUACGCAAGAAAUUAUGGGUGCAAGAAUCUCCCGAAAAUUCAAGCUCCCAACCAUUAAAGCUUAUGAUGGCAUGGGUGACCCCGCUAACCACGUUCGGACCUUCAUGAAUGCUCUGUUGCUCCAACCCGUCACCGAAGCAAUCAAGUGCCGUGCUUUUCCUCAAACCUUGAGCGGGAUGGCCCAACAUUGGUAUAGUCGCCUACCCCCAAAUUCUAUUUCUUGUUUUGCUGACUUGAGCAGGGCUUUCAUAGGGCAAUUUGUUGGAAGCAAAACGCACGCUAAGAGCUCUGCCUCCCUAAUGAAUCUACAUCAAGCCAAGAGGGCACCUGAUAAUAUGAACGACUUGCAAGAAAGAGCCGGGAAAUAUUUCAAGGCAGAGGAAAGCCUAAUAAAAUCACAGAAUAAUCAGGGACCAAACACCAACUUUAAGAAACGUGGGAACGACGCCGAGUAUAACACUGAGAACAAAUAUCCCAAAAAGGAUGAUGAUGAGAAGUCGCCUGCUAAAAGGAAAAUAGGACCAAGGUUCACAGAAUAUGCUAGGCUCAAUGCUCCAAGGAGUCAAGUCCUGAUGGAGAUCGAAAAGGACGAGAGUGUUCGAUGGCCGAAGCCCAUAAGGACCGACCCAGAUAAAUGA